UUGAAACCGCACUCCCUGGCCUCCACUAAUGAUCCUCUUGAAUCCUCUAGUGGACAGUUUAUGUCCGGCGAGGCUGACAGUCCGUGGGCCUGUUUGCGUGCAGCCUGUUUUCAUGAAGCCGGGUCAAUGUCCCAUACCGGAGACAAUUCCACUGUGUGCUGAAAGCUGUUUCCAUGAUGGCCAGUGUCCUGCCACAUGUUGCCCAACCACCGGUGGCAUUGCAUGCCGUGAACCACGUGGUCAGGGAAGAGGUCAGGCAAGUUGUCAGGAAAGCGGUCAGGGAAGCGGUCAGGGAAGCAGCCAGGGAAGUGGCCAGGGCCAGGGAAGCGGUUAUGGCCAGGGUAGUGGCCAGGGAAGCGGUUAUGGCCAGGGUAGCAGCCAGGGAAGCGGUUAUGGCCAGUGCCAGGGAAGCGGUUAUGGCCAGGGUCAGGGAAGCGCCCAGGGAAGCGGUUAUGGCCAGGGUAGCGGCCAGGGAAGCAGCCAGGGAAGCGGUCAGGGAAGUGGCCAGGGUAGCGGUUAUGGCCAGGGAAGCGGCUAUGGUCAGGGAAGUGGUUAUGGUCAGGGAAGUGGUUAUGGUCAGGGAAGCAGUCAGGGUCAGGGAAGUGGUUAUGGUCAGGGGAAUGGUCAGGGAUGUGGUCAAGGAAAUGGUCAAGGAUGUGGUCAUUGA